AGCAGUUCAGUCUAACGCGUUGUCUUGGAGCAACUACUAGAAUUUUUCACAGCUUAGUUCAGUGUUUGUGACUUAAACGGUGUUGUGUUGUGCUCUUACUUGUGUUCUGAUAACGCCGUGACCAGAAGACAUGAAUCUCGGAACGUUUCUUUAGCGAUUAAAAAUAUUAUUUAUUUAACAUGAAAAUAUUAAUUUAUUUAACAAGUUUUUUGUAAUAAGUUAUCGAAAUUAAACUCGCAAAAUGGUUAAUGGAAACUACGUACUGUAUGGCGAUAGUCCAGCUUCAGAAUCUGAAAUUGUUGAUGACCACGUGCAUAGGAAAACUGUUGAGCGUAAAGAAAAACGCAAAUCUAAUAGAUCAGCCAACGAUCUACAGCGCUCGUUAAACUUAGCGCAGAAGUUAGAUAACGAAACAGACUCGGAUAAAUUCGAAAAGAAAAUAAAGGAACCAAGGCUACUACGCUACGUACCAACUACGGAAGUGCAAGAACAUUUUGUAGCGGAGAAAUUUGAGACCUACGACUUGAAGCCUAUGGAAGAACCAAUGAAGAGAUACACGUUUGCAAAAAAGCCAAAAAAUCACGCAGAUGGCUCUAUAAACUACGCUUACUCCCGGUCGAGUAGCAGUUGCAGUUCACCCAAUGGUAAUUUGCCGACUAUAUCUGAACAUGGAGAGCAGUAUGGUACAUAUAGAAUUCGAUCUAUACAGACAUCUUCGAAUGAGGGAAUUGGUGAAUACCAAACCAAACUUGACAAAUAUUUUACAUCACCGAGAGACGUCAAAUCAUUCACUGAUAAGGGCUCACAUCCCGACAGCCUGUACCGAGUGCCUUCAGACCGAGGAAGGAAUACCAGAAAAAUCGUCCACAUGCUGCGUUUACUGCGGUGGCCCGUGGCUCUAUUUGGUGUGUGUGUUGCUCUGGCCAUAUUCGUCUAUUUUCUUAUGCCUGAUAACCUGGGUCAAGAAUUCGAUAAGAUAAAUGCAACUAAUUGGGAAGAGAACUUCUCCAGUGCUCAAUCCUACACAACUACCUCUUCGAAGUCUGGGCCACUCAACAGAAAUAUAAGUAAAUCUGUUAACGCAGAAUCCAACAACACAAGAAAAUUGCCAAUCCCUCCCGUCUUCCCGACCCAUAUAGAACCUGAAGUACAAUAUGGAAAUGAUGACGACAAUAUAAGAAAACCAAAACUGUUUGUUAAUACAAACACACCAGAUGAGUCCACAUUUAGGCCCCAUAUAACGCAUCAUGCUGAAAAACCACUGGCGAUUUACUUCAAAGAUGCUGAAGCUGUAUCCACAACAACCACUGAAAAAAUUACCACAGAAAUAAUAAAAAAAGCUGAAACAUCUAAUACAUUGCCAAAAUUGGAGGAGAUAACCACAAAAUCUCCUGUUUUCGCACCACAGCCUACACCUCUGGUUCCCAUAAACGUUGAGUCGCCGGCAGAAAUACCGAAAACUUAUGAAGCAAGGUUACAGACUACGUAUAAUUCAAACUCAAAAAUUACGCCUGAGCCCCAGGAGUAUUACAGACGGCCAGAAUAUGAAUCCAAAGUGAAGUUCACCUCAGGUCAUUCAAAACUUUUUGGUAUAUCUAUGGAGGAUUCAGAAAAUAUUAAGUCCACAACUCAAAGCUCGUUAUAUAACACUAGAGUUUCUCCUACACUUCCCACUUGGAAAGAUAGAGAUUACAGCACUACUAAAAAUCCUAUUAACUCUCUAUCUGAUGUGCCCCAAUGCCGGUCCACUCGUCUUUCCCUCUGUCGAGGCAUCUUGCCCUACGACUUAGCAGGUCUUCCAGCUAGGAUUGGAAAGAAAGAAGUGACUUUACUGCUACCACAGAUUAAAUACCUGGUAGCCACUAACUGCAGCGACCGAGUGCGACACUUCGCGUGUUCACUAUUAGAACCAGAAUGCAGUCCACCUCCUUUUUCAUCAAAACUACCCUGCUAUAGUUUGUGCAAAGCUAUCGCAGACAGAUGCGAAGGCUACAUACCAACGGAGCUGUCACCGAUCUUCAACUGUAACCAGUAUUCCAGUAGCAACUGUGUCAACGCACGAAGCCCUUGCUUCGACAGGGAGCUUACUUGUGGUGAUGGCACCUGUGUGCCCCGGGAUUGGAUCUGUGACGGAACCCGGGACUGUCCAGGCGGAGAGGAUGAAGCGCCUUGUUCUACUUGCGAGGAGAAUGAAUUCCGGUGCCAGUCAGGUCUAUGCAUUGUGAAGCGUUGGGUCUGCGACGGAUAUUCCGACUGCCCAGAUGGCGAUGACGAAAUUGACGAAUCUUGUCGCUCUCAUACGAAUGGAGAAGUGCAAGAACCAGGGGAAGAACUAGCCGGUUCUGCACCUGCUCCUUCCAUUCGCAAACCUUACAGACAACCGCAGUCACGUCAUUACAAUGGAGAGACAGACAGCAAGGAGCUGUUAAUGACAAGUGAUACGACAAACGCUUUGAAACGGAACUUUACAAGGCGCCCUUCGCCUUCACGUCUCACGCCGUAUUCUAGACCCAUGCUUAGAUCCCGCAAAGAACCAGAGCCAACCACGAUGGAGAAUUUAACAGAAAAACCCGCGGCAUCGUACAGAAAAAACUUCAGGAAACAAACCCAAAGAGUACCUGAAAGUAAAAAAGACUUAUCUGAAGAUAUGGAUCAAUUCUACGUUGACGUGAUAAAGGAAGAUGAACGAACGGUGGAAACGCCUCCACCGGUUGCGACCAAAUUGGACAAGAGUAUAGACAACUUGGAGAGAGUCAUUGAUGGAGCUGAAUUAUUGAGGAAAGCGGCCCUUGCCCGUAAACAGGAUUUGUCCCGUGAACUGAACGCUACAGAAGAAGACUUUGGUUACAACAGUGCCCACGCAUCGCCAUGUCCCAACGAGGAAUUACGUUGUGUUGAUGGCCGAUGCAUCACUUUAGCCCAACUCUGUGACGGAACUAUAGACUGUAGCGAUCACGCCGACGAGGACAAUUGCUAUACAUAAAUUGACAGGAACUAAAUUUUUGACGAACAAAGAACGUAUAAUUUAAUGCUUUUAAUCGCUUGUAAAGCAGUUUUUGGUUUUUGCCGCUUCUUCCAGGUCCAAAAGGAAAAUUGGACACACGGGUUCUUCAGGUAAAAUAUGAUAGACCCUGAAAGAUGUUACACACGACAAAAUGAUUUCCGUCCAUAUUAAUUAAGUUUAGUUUUAGGAAAUUAGUGGUAACUUUGAAAACUCGAAAACUUAGCUGUGAUACAGAAUCAUUGUAUAGAGAUAAAUCGUCAUUUUAAUUAUUAGCUAUUGAUUUCAUUCAUUAGCGAUAAAAAUUAAAAUUACAUGUUUCCAUAUUUCGUUUUGAUUAUUAAUCAAAAUAUAGUUUAAUAUACGAGUAGAUGAAAGGUUAGUGGUUAUAGUCAUAGAGGUAGCAAAAGCCUAAUUUUUUUGUCUUUUAUUUUAAGUGGCAAGAAAGUAAUUACCACAAUAUAUUUAACGGUUAAUUGAUGUAGUUAUACCUACGUCUAAGGGAGUAAUUAUGUAUACAUUUUAAGGCCAAUGAAAAUGACUGACAAAUAUUAAGCAGAAUUCCAGGGAAAGUUUCUGCCUGAAUGUCUCAAAUUGGACAAAAUUGUUGACGAUAGUAAUACAUUUUUUUUUCAUUCAACAUCCUUUUAUUUAAGUACAAAGCAGACGUUUAAUAUUUCGCAAUAUAUCUCAGUAUUUCUCAGUCUUUCUUUACAUAAACGCGAGUGUCAUUAAUUUAAAAAUGUAUUUAAUACACAUUAUUACAAUAAUCUGUGUAAAAUUUUGGUAGUUGUGUUACAAUUGUGUUAAUUGUGCCGUAAAUAUUAAUAUAAAGUUAUAAUCCGUUUAAUAUAUUUAACAUAUACAUAAUAUAAGUUAAAUUGUUUGUCACGUCACCUAAAUCUACUUGUC